AUGCUGAAUGAAGCCAUGCAGAUGUCCUCACUUCGGCAUGAACAUCUUCUUCGUCUGGUAGGAAUCUGUCUGCACGAAGAGGGAAUACAACUGGUUACACUUCUACGUCCUCUUGGAAAUCUUCUGAACUUCUUGAAGAAGCACAAGGCCCAUUUGUGUGGCAAGGAUCUUCUACUCUACUGCUACCAGAUAUCAUCAGCUAUGAAAUACCUGUACGAACAUCGUAUCAUUCAUCGCGAUCUUGCCGCUCGAAACGUUCUGGUAAAACGUCACAACCACGUAGAAGUGACUGAUUUUGGCCUAGGCAAAACUUCUCGAUUAUGGUCAGGAGAAAGAUAUGAAGGCUCAUUGGAAGGAAAGCCGUAA